AGAAGUAAAAGAAAUUUCUAAUUAAAAAAGGUGUUUUUGCAUUUGAGAUUGUUUCUUCUACAUCAACAAAAGGAUAUAAAAAUGAAUAAAGGGUAGAAAAAAAAAUUGUCUACAUAAACUUGAGAAAAAAAGUUAAUCAAUAUUUACAUUAAAAAAAAAAACAGUUAUUAUUGAAAAUAUAAGUAAUGUGUGAUCAAAUUCCUAAUAUUUCAAACGAAAGAAAUAAUGAGUUCGACUCUAAGGAUUUCUACACAGAUACUUUAUUAGAUCUACAUGUGGAUGCGCCAAAAUAUUCAAAUUCCAAUGAUGAUGAAUUUGAUUUAGAAGAAAUAAAGAGAGCGGCGUUAACAAAUUUUGAAGACCCAGAAUCUACUGACCAGAUCAAUGACUUUCCAGAGAUAGAUUUGCGAGUCCCAUCUGAAAGCAAAGAAAAAUUUUGUGAUAAUGAUCAGAUUUGCAAAGAAAUGUUUAAAGAAAAUAUAUCUUAUCCUAUUGACUCAGAUAUAAGCAAAACCACAACAAAGUGUUUUUUGAGCAAAAAUAUCAAAUUAAAUGUUUCAAAUAAUGAAAUCAGCAAUUUAAAUGACGAAGAAGCAAUACAAUGUAGUACACAAAGUUUUCACCAGGUUGAAGUCAAACCAAAGUCGUCAUGUAAUAGUUUUUCGAAAUACAACGAUAUUGAUAACGAACUCAAAGAAUUUGUUUCUGUGAAUUUAGCAAACAAAUUAAACUACGAAAGACCCAAGGAUGAGCAUAUGUUUAAUAACAAAGAUGAGACUGGAAAUAAUCUAGAUGGUAGCUGGGAAAAUGAGUCAAUACCGAGUCCUUUUAUUACAUCAUUUACACCACCUCCAUUUUCAGUUACUGAUAUUGUGCCUCCUUUCAAAAAGGAGAAAUCAGUUGAAAUAUCCGAUAGUUAUUUUGAUUCUGACUACUUUGAAGAUGACAAUUUGGAUAAUUAUCAGCAAGAAGAAAUCUGUACUGAUGAAUUUAACGAUUUCAACGAUGCUGAAAAUUGUGACGAAAUAGAAACAGUUGCAAGUUUUCAAAAUGAGAAUUCUAAUGAAAAAAUUUAUCAGCAUACUGUAGAAGAUGUUAUAAUGAACGAUCACAAUUAUUUUAAUCAGGAGCAAAUGAUAAUCAGUGUUGAAUCGUACAUGAAACACUUCAAUAUAUUGAAUAAUAAUCUUAAUAUUUUUAUCAAAAACAUUAAAAACUUUUGCAAAGUUCCAGAGCUAUUUGAAAAAAAUAAAACAGAUUUUGAAGAUAUAUUAGAAAAAAUGAAUAUUGUAAGAAACUCUUAUUUUUCAAUUAAAAAAUCGGUGGUUGCAGAAGAAGUAAAUGAAUUUGAUUCCGCGCUUUUAGAGGCUUUAAAGAAUGUCGAAAAUUGUAAUGACACAUCAACAUUAAAUGAAAAUUCAAAAAUUCAAAUCAAAAAGGAAAACAGUGAGGAAAUAUUACAUGAAGAUAAUAAAAAUUAUGUCAAGUCAUUAGAAAAUUUAAAAAAUGAUUUGGAUUCAAAUCUUGUUAAGAUUUCCACAGAUAAUCAAAAUCAAAAAGUGGUUUUCAAAAACAAUAUUAAUUCAAAUGAAGGUUUGCAGCCAGAAAAUGGUGAAAUUGUUUCCGAAAACAUAAGUGUUGCAAAGUCUAUACAGGAUAAUGAAUAUUUUUCUGAAGAAAGACCUUGGACUAAAUAUAAAGCUUUACUUGAGUUAGCAAAAACGAUAAUUAACUUUUCUGAAAGUUCUAACAAAAGCGAAAUUGAAGAAUUUUUUGAGAAAUCAAAGCAAAGCAUAUGUCAAGUUAUAUCGAAUCCAUACAUGUGCGAUAUGGGAAUUCAGACGGAACAUUCUGGAAAAAUUUAUUCCGAAAGGCGGUUAAAGUCUAUUAAUGAAAAAGAAAAACGUCGACUUUUAAAUGAUUCUUCAAAUAGUUCCGAAGACAGUUCUGAAUCUGAAAGCGAUAAUGACAGUUCUACUAAGUAUGAGUCACAAUCGGAUAAUAAUUUAAAUAAGGAAGAACAAGAAAAUAUAUUGAAUGGAAUAGAUUUUUCAAAAUACUUAGACAGUUCUAAUGAAGAUAGUGACAAUUUUCCGAAUGAUUUUUCUGAGCACCUCGAUGUUGUGUUGGAAGAAGAAGAUGAUAUGCUUAACAAAAUUGCUAGUGAAAGUAAGGAAAUUGAAUCAAAUUCGUCUGCAGAUAAAGAAAAUAAAGCAAGAGGAAAACUAACGUCGCCUAAAAAGAUUAACAAAUCAACUGAAAACUCUGGUCCAGGCUCUUCAGAUAAUGUCGACAAGGAUAUUGAGAGGCUUUUGGAUUUUAAGAGCCUUGCAAGCCAAAGAAUUAAUAAUUGUGGCUAUACAAACGCUGACAGAAAGUCGGUUAAUAAAAAAUCAAUAACCACAAAUAUUUCAGAUAUUUUAAUCGAAAACGAAAAUAAAGAAAGCAGUGAUGGCAGUGAAACGGAGGAUGAAGAUUGCGUUACAUAUGAAAAUACGUUUUUAAGUAGGCAAAAUGAAAAUUUAAAAAAACAAUUACUGGAAAGUUCCAGUAACAGCGAGUCUGAUAGCGAUAGCGCAUUAAUUUCUCCUGAUGAUGAUGAUGAUGAGAAUGAAGAAUUUGAUGACAGUAAACCAACUUUAGUUGAAAAAUUUUUAAAAACAUACGUUGAAAGCGAAUGUGAGCCUGAAAAAAUAAAUAUCAACCCAAGUGAAAACCACUGCGAUGAUUUGGAUCAGUUUGCUACAAAACAAAACGCUGAGGCUAUUGAAAGAAAAACAAAUGACAAUAGAAAAACUAAUGAUGUGGAAAAUAAAGAAAAUGAUAUACCUGACGAAGAUUCAGAUAAGCAUAAUGUAAGCUCUGAUUGUGAAUUUUUAGAUAAAACGUUUAUUUCACUGAAACAAUCCAACAAAAAAAGGAAGUCUCUCGACACUCUACUAGAUGAAGAUCAAAAGCGAAGAAAAAAUUUGAAAAUAAGCGAUGAAAUUUAUAGUCUUAGUUCAGAUGAUGAUGAAUCAGACGUUGAAGAACGGAAAACUAAGAAAACUGAACCACAUCGAAUUUCAAGACCUAUGAUGAAAACUGAACAGUUAACAAGCGAAACAAAGAAGGCGCAGAAAGAAGAAAAAAAUCGCCUUAAUCGUUUAAAAAAGAAGGAGAAUAUUUUGAAAAAAGCAUAUAAGGAACACAAUAAAGAUCCCUCUGAUAUUCGUGAGUUAAUUUUGGAUUACAAUACGAAAACUAAAAGUUUUGUAACGGUACAUAAUGGCUUAGUUUCGCAUUUAAAACAACAUCAAAUUGAUGGUGUGAAGUUUAUGUACGAUUGCUGUUACGGCAGUGUAAAUUUUAUUGAAGAAUUUCCAGGUUCAGGAUGUAUUUUAGCUCAUUGUAUGGGCUUAGGGAAAACCUUACAGUUAAUAACUUUAAUACAUACGUUAAUAGUUUAUAAAGAUUUAAAGACAACUAGAAUACUAAUUUUAUGUCCUAAAAGUACAGUAAUGAAUUGGGCAGAAGAAAUACAAAGAUGGCUUGGCCCUUUAGGCGUUAAAAACAUGAAAGUAUUUACAUUUAAUGACACAUCUGAUAUUCCGGAUAAAAUGAACGUUUUGCAAGAGUGGCAUAGUUGUGGGACUUCUGGUUCUCAUAAUUCCGGUUGUCUUCUAAUCGGUUAUGAGGCUUUCAGAACUUUAGUUUCAUACCCAACUAAAAAAAACCGGAGUUCUAGGCUUGAUUUGGAGGAAAUAAAAUCCGUAGUUAAAAAGGCAUUGCUAGAUCCUGGCGCUGAUUUAGUUGUGUGUGAUGAAGGCCAUAUAAUUAAAAACAGGAAGGCUGCUAUUAGUCAGGCUGUUACAGAAAUUAAAACUCCAAGGAGAAUUGUGUUAACUGGAACACCAAUUCAAAAUAAUUUAAAGGAGUACUACAGCAUGGUUAAUUUCAUCAAACCAUCAUUUUUGGGUACUGAAAAAGAGUUUGCAAAUUUGUAUGCCAACCCAAUUAAAAAUGGUCAGCAUAAAGAUUCAAGUAAAAGGGAAAUCAAAAUUAUGAAACAAAGAUCAUUUGUUUUACACUCAAAUUUGUCAAGCUUUGUUCAGCGAAAGGAAGCUGCUUUACUAAAAACAUUUUUGCCGCAAAAGUUUGAAUACGUUUUAUUCAUACCUAUGACUCCAGUUCAGGUAAAACUGUAUGAAAUAUUUCUUGAAGCUGUAGGAAAGCGAGAAGAUUCAGAAAAAAAAGGCAGAAAUUUGCUAACAGAUUAUACCUGCUUACGAAAAAUUUGGACACAUCCCAAAGUGUUAGAGAAUGCAUACAACAAUGCAAUUUUGUUAAAAAAUAAAAAAGAGAAAAAGUCUAAUUUAGAAAUUGCGUCAGAUGAAGAUCAACCCGACGAUAUUUAUGAUAGCCAAACUGGACUCAUGUCUGUAACUAGCGACUGGUGGCGAAAACAUCUUACUGAUCAAGAUUUGACAAGUAUUUUGCCAAGUAACAAACUUCAAACAAUGUUUGAAAUACUGCGAAUGUGUACUGAAAACCGGGAAAAAUGCUUGAUUUUUUCAGCUUUUGUUGCAGUAUUAAAUGUUGUCGAAUACUAUAUGAACCUGAUUAAUGAGAAGAAAGCAGAAACUGCAAAAGAAUUGGGCAUUGAAAGAUUUAAAGGUCCUUGGGUUAAUGGAAAAGACUAUUAUAGGUUAGAUGGGAAAACACAAAAAACUUUAAGACAUGAAAUGGUUAAGAGAUUCAAUGAUCCUGCAAAUGAAAGAGCAAGGGUAUUUUUGAUAUCUGCAAAAGCAGGUGGGCAAGGUAUUAAUUUAAUUGGGGCGAAUAGAGUAAUUAUAUUAGAUACAUCAUGGAAUCCUUCAAAUGAUCAGCAAAAUAUAUUCAGAAUAUUCCGAUUAGGGCAAAAGAAAAAUUGCUACAUAUACCGCUUAAUAUCUUUCGGUACAAUGGAAGAAAAGGUAUACUCAAGGUCAGUAACAAAACAAGCGAUGAGUUUCAGAGUCGUAGAUGAACACCAAAUCGAUAGGCAUUAUAGUAUGGCUGAAUUGGCUGAAUUAUAUACUCUCACCAAACCUGACUAUUCAAAUCGGCCAAUACCUAAUUUACCACAAGAUAAUAUACUGGCUCAUUUGUUACGUAAUUUUCAGUAUGUUUUUAAAUAUCACGAGCAUGAUAGUUUACUGGAAAAUAAAAUUGAACAGGAAUUAACAGAACAGGAGAAAGAAGACGCAUGGUUGGCAUAUGAAACUGAAAUAAACACACCAGCAAACGCGGCAUUUCCAAAUUUACACGGUCUUGACAUCUUUGGGAAUCAGCAAUUGGGUAUCUCAGGUUUUGAAAAUUUUCCCAGAUCUCCGCCCUCGACCGAUAUUUUUAAUCAAGGACGUGCACCAGUUCCAUCAGCUCAAUUUUUUCCAGGAUAUAAUUUUGCAAAUAAAAAUUAUUUGGAAAUGUUUCCGUAUUUUUCUAACGCAAAUUCUUUAUAUGGGGGUAUCGAUCUUACAAAAAGUACGACAUACGCAGACUCAUUAAAUUCCAACUUCUUGUUACCCAAUAAUCGGACUACAGGUAAUGGUUUAGGUUUAACAGACUUGCCACCAACUUCUUCCCCAAGUUAUUCGACAUUAGACAAUUUACACAUUCCGUCAUCACAUCCAAAUACUUACAACCAAAAUUUAGCGCCAUAUAAUACAUUGUAUUCAAGUGCAAAUUCUUUAUUAAAUAGUUCAUUGAAUAGAUUUAAUAAUACAAGUUUAGAAAAUUUUAAGAGAGUGUUUGAAAACUAUGUAAGUUCAUCAUCUAAUAUAAGUAAUAUGUACACAUCAAACCAAAAUAAAAAUCAGUUUAAUAGUGAAUUAAGGGCUAAGACAACCGAUAUUACUAAUGCAUCUAAAAAUGAAGUGAAUUCUUUUCGAAAACAUAAUCUUCAUCCCAACUUUACCGCUAGUUUAGCGACAACCAGCAGUGGAAGCAUGACAAAUUCAAUUCUUAAUGCCCAAAAUCGCUUAAUAAAUCAGUCAUCUAACAACGAUUUAAAUAGUUCAUUAAAGACAAAUAAUUCUGCAAUAGUUUCCAAUUUGCAAAAUGAUGGAAAAACUCAAUCAAAUUCUGAAGCAAGUCAAUUCGAUAAGGCAGUAAUUGGAAGUAAUUCUCAUUCUAAUACGCUUGUACAUACGCAUUUAACAAACGCAUCAAAUAACCAGAGCAGAUCCAAUAGUAAAACCCAUUUUCCUGACAACAAAAAGACUGAUACCAUAAAGAACGUCACUCUAGACGUCCUGAAAAGUGAUAAUGCGCUAUCAAAUCGAAGAUCUCCAAAAACAACUACAAAUGAUUUUGAUGAAAAAUCAGGGAAUAAACCGAAGCAAAUGCCAAUACAAAAGACAAACUUAGCAAAAAAUUUAUCAAAUCAAAAUGUGCAAAUAUCGGGAUUUGGUGCAAAAAAUGUGACACAAAAUGACUCUACAAUUAAAUCUCAAUCAAUUAAUACAUCGCAAGCUAAUAAUUUGUCACAAUCUAGUCCUAAAGUUGUCAGGAGACCGACAAAUUUAAUUAAAAAUAAUGGUCCAGCUAAGCAAGUAAUUUCGAAUUCGAUCCAUUCAGAACAAACUAAUCUUAAUACUUUAAAAGGAAAAAGUAGUUCUCAAACAACUUCAGAUGUCAUAAUAUCAAAAAAUAUUGAUUUACAAAAUGUUAGUAGAAAUAAAUCAAAUAGUAUUCCAUUGCCUCUGAGUAGCAAAAAUAGUUCUACUUUAAAAAAAUCAUUACCAUUGCAAUUCAAUCAAGAUGUGCAAAAGGGACAAAGCUCUUUAAGCACAACUGUCUCUAAUUUUUCAAAGACAAAUAAAUUUUUAAUAGAUCCACUAAGUACUACCGUAGAAGACAAAUUAAUAAAUGCUGGUAUAUCAAUUUCUAAGAAAUCAGUCAACUCAAAACCAAUACCACCGGCUACUGGUUUGACUAGUAAACAACAAAAUCAAUCUGUGCCAACUCAAGUUCAAAGCGGUAUAUUUCAGAGAAAAAGAGUUUUAAAUCAAGAAAGCAGCAUUAGAGGAGGACCCAAUUUUGCAAAUAAAGUGGAUUCUAUUUUAAAAAAACCUAAACUCACUCCAAAAGAGUUAGCUGAAGAACUUUCAUCAUCAUUAAAAAGAAUUCAGUCUUCCAAAGGUUUGACGAUAUCGCACAAGGGUGUUACAAAAGAUGCACGUUUAUCAGCCGACAUACUGGAAGUUGAUUAAAUGAAUAUUUUAGAUUUUAUAUUGUGUUAAAACCUAUUAUUUUAUAAUUUGUUAUAUACAUAUUUAUUUAAUCAAUUUAUGAAAUAUAAAAAAAAGUAGUAUAAAAAUUUAA